GGAGGACAUGUUGUUGCUUUUUCGCCUCGUCGUGGCGACCCUAGUCUUCCUGAAGGUGUCCUGCAGCCCCGUGAAUCUGGCCCUGGAAGGAACAUGGAAGGGAUGGAAAGAAACGCACGCUAAGGGCUACCUGGAGGAGGAAGAAGCUUUCCGUCGGAUGGUCUGGGAGAAGAACCUGUGGAGAAUUGAACGGCACAAUUUGGAAGCCGCUCGGGGCAAACACAGCUUCCAACUGGCCAUGAACCACUUGGGUGAUCUGACAGAUGAGGAGUUUAACCAGAUGUUGAACGGUUUCCAGCCCCGUGAAGCCGAACAGUACGAAGAGGGUGAGGUUGACUUCCAAGAAUCAGCCACGGCGGAGACACCCAAGCAGGUGGACUGGCGUACGAAGGGUUACGUUACUCCCGUAAAAGAUCAGGUAGUCCGUCUCUACCCAGGUAUCUUUGCAAGCAGCUGGUGCACCCACCACGUCAACCACGCCAUGCUGGCCGUGGGCUACGGUGCCGAGCAGGAGGACAACAAGACCACAAAUUAUUGGAUCCUAAAGAACAGCUGGUCCGAGAAGUGGGGCGAGCAGGGCUACAUGCGAUUGGUGAAAGGCGUUGAUAACCAUUGUGGGGUAGCCAAUCAAGCUUGUUACCCAAUUAUGUAACAGAUCCAGCAUCUUCUCCGCUUCGGAGUUUCAGCCUUUCCAACUGAGCUGUCCCUUUGCUGGCGUCGUCGCCCCAGAUUGGGUUAAACGUUUAAAUCAAUUUUACUUCUUCCUGGUUUCUGAUCCUAGUUUCUCUACAGUUUGUGAAGAGUGCUCGGCUGUUGUUAACAGCUUCCUGGAUCUUAUAACGAGGGGUCUGCAGUACGCAAGUUUUAAUAAAUGUUCUCUUGAGCUUGU